CCGAGCUCACUGUCUUGCAUGAGUUAAUAACCUCUUUCACUAUACGGCCGGAGCCCUCCGGAUUCUCCUACCGGGAAAUGCGCGACAAAGCUCUGAUAACGCUUUUGCUUGCCGCGAGCGCCGCAUUUGCAACCUGCAAGUGUCCUUUCGGAUUUGGCAACGACUUGCGGAGCUUGGACCUGGCCAGGCCGCGAACCAGGGCUCUGCUGCAGUAUGACCGGGCAGCUGCCGCGAAGCUGGACCUGGCGGCGGUGCGGGCCGACCUCACAGCACUGAUGACCGACAGCCAGGACUGGUGGCCUGCGGACUGGGGCCACUACGGUCCACUGCUGGUGCGUCAGGCGUGGCACUGCGCAGGCUCCUACCGCUCAAGCGACGGCCGAGGAGGCUGCGACGGUGGCCGCCAGCGCUUCGACCCGGAGCGCUCCUGGGACGACAACACUAACCUGGACAAGGCCAAGGCGCUGCUGUGGCCCAUCAAACAAAAGUACGGCGCGGCCCUGUCCUGGGGCGACCUCAUCAUUCUGGCGGGCGACGUGGCCAUUAGCUCCAUGGGCGGACCCGUGCUGGGGUUCUGUGGCGGCCGUAUCGACGACCUGGAUGGCUCGGAGUCUGUGCCCCUGGGACCAUCGCCGGAGCAGGAGGCGCUCAUGCCCUGUCCUGUGCAGGGCGACUGCCAGUCGCCUCUGGGUCAGAACACGCUGGGCCUCAUCUACGUCAACCCCGAGGGGCCCAUGGGUCAGCCGCUGCCGGAGCGCAGCGCGGCGCAGAUACGCGAGGUGUUCGGGCGCAUGGGUAUGGACGACGCCGAGACGGUGGCGCUGAUCGGCGGCGGCCACGCCUUCGGCAAGGCCCACGGCGCCUGCCCCACCGGCCCCGGCCCUAGCCCACGGGAGGCGCCGGACGCGCCCUGGCCCGGAACCUGCGGCGACGGCCGCGGCAACCGCACCUUCACCUCGGGCUUUGAGGGCCCCUGGACCACCACCCCCACCGCCUGGGACAACCAGUACUUCCAGAACCUGCUCGCCUACAAAUGGGAGGUGCACGUGGGUCCCGGCGGCCACCACCAGUGGCGGCCGCAGGCCCAGGACCCCGGGUCCGAGGCCCCGCCGCCGCCGCCGCCGCCGCUCCUGAUGCUGACCACGGACGUGGCGCUGCUGCACGACGACUCGUACCGGGCGCUGGUGGGGCUGUUCGCGGCCAACCUGACGGCGCUGGAGCACAGCUUCAAACACGCCUGGUACAAGCUCGUCACACGUGACAUGGGCCCCGUCACUCGCUGCCUGGGCCCCGACGUGCCGCCGCCCCAGCCCUUCCAGGACCCGCUGCCGCCGCCGCCCCCCGGCCCCGCGCCCGACUACGCCCGCCUCGCCCGCGACAUCGCCCGCGCCCUUCGCCGCCCCAGCCCCGCCGCCGAGCCCGACACCGUCCACGGCCGGCCGCACUACGGCGCCCUGUUCGUGACGCUGGCGUGGCAGUGCGCCAGCACCUUCCGCGAGACCGACUACAGCGGCGGCUGCAACGGGGCGCGCAUCCGCUUUGCGCCGCAGAAGGACUGGCCGCAGAAUGCGUACAUGGACAGCGUGCUUGCGGUUCUGGAGCCCCUGAAGGCGGCCUACCCGCCCACGCUGUCCUCCGCCGACCUCAUUGUACUUGCCGGCACCGUAGCGCUUCAGGAAGCGCUGGCGGAGGCCGAGGCGGAGGCGGCGGCGGGCUGCCAGCAGGGCACCGGCCCCUGCACCGCUGCCCCCGGCUCCGGCUCAGGCGGCGUGCGGCUGCGCUUCUGCGGCGGGCGCGUGGAUGCUGUGGAGGGCGGGCAGGCGGGUCAUGCGCAGCCGCCGCGCGUGCUUGCAGACAAGAUCCUGCAGGUGCGCGACAAUGCGCAUGUGAUGGGCCUCAGCCUGCGCGAGGCGGUGGCGCUGGCGGCGCGGCCGCGCAGCCCCAGCCAGCAGCGGCGCCUGGGCUACAGCGGCGCCUGGACGCCGGCGCCAAGCCGCCUCAGCAACCAGUACUUCAAGGUGCUCUUGGGAGAGGCGUGGCAGCGCGGCUACAGCAGCGAGGGGCUGGAGGAGUUCAGUGCGGCGGGUGGCGGCAAGGGCCUGUUCAUGACGCCCUCAGACCUGGCGAUCAAGUGGGACGCUGAGAUGCUGGCCAUUGCGCAGGAGUUUGCGUCGGACAACACAGCUUUCCUGCAGACCUUUGCAGCGGCUUGGACACGAUUGAUGAAUGCAGACCGGUUCGACGGCCCCGACGGCAACCUGUGUAACGACGACGAAGGCGGCGAGCUGGCUGGCGCACUGCUGGGUGCUGCCGCUGUUGCGGCAGAGGAGGGCGCGAGGGCUGCGAGCGAGAAGGCGGCUGCGGUGGUUCAGCUUGUGCUGGAGGCGUCGUAUGGGGCUGCCGCCAGGGUGGAGGAGGAGUUUGUGGAGCUGUGAGCAGCGGGCUAGCUAGCUGCUGCAUGGCGAUUGGUAGGUGCUGUGAGUCAAGUGCACAUGCGCUAGUGGGUAACACGGCUGUCGUUACUCUUACGGGUAUCGUGUGAGUUGUUGAUCAUUUGCUGGCGUGGCACUUGGUGUCGCACGCUCGUGAGCUGACGGGCUCCAUCUAACUAGGUGCUAGAUUACUGGCCUCGGCUCUACAACGUCAUGUUCGCUUUUGCGUUUCAAGCACGUCAAUAACUAGGUGUGGCGCUGCCCGUGCGGCUGUGACUGAAGGCCGGAGCUCAUUAUUAGUAACGAAAGCAAAACGCGCGCGCCAGCGCAACGGCGGAGAUUGGGGCACGGAGGCACACGGAAUGUGUCGGCGUGGCAGCUUAGGCGCGCGUCUAGGCCGUGAUCCCAUUGUUGGGGUACGCCAGUCCCACACAAGGGCAAGUGGAUUGCGCCGCCUGUGUAUACCCUGGGCGCUCCAACAGCCGAGUCUACUGCUUUGGUGUCUGCCUUGCAUCCUGGAGUAGUAGUGCUGCUCGUCCAUAGCUCAUCAUUGGACAAUGCUUGCACAGUUGCACUACCCAGAUGUUGUCGCAGCAUUCACCCUUGCAUCGUCCCGCCCCAUUUGUAGCUAGUCAAGAAACUAAAU